AUGGCAACCGAGGCCAACCAUUGGCUGUCUGGGAUAUGGCGAUCUUCAAGCAAUCAAAACUUCAAGGAAGCUGUCACUCCGGCGGAGGAGGAACAGUCAGAGGGUUCUGCACGACGUCAGAUAGGACUCACGUCAGCUGUGUUCCUCAUCUUCAACCGCAUGAUUGGCACUGGAAUCUUUGCGACGCCUAGUAGUAUCUUUGCUCUGUCAGGUAGUGUUGGGCUGUCCCUGUUUAUUUGGGUUGCGGGCAUGAUCAUUGCUGCCGCGGGCAUGGCGGUAUACAUUGAAUUUGGAACUGGGAUUCCUCGAAACGGCGGAGAAAAGAAUUACUUGGAAUACGUGUUCCGGAAGCCACGGUUCCUGACAUCGUGCAUGUAUGCUGGAUAUGUGUUUUUCCUAGCAGGUUGGGCGGGAUCUAACUCCGUCAUCUUUGGCGAGUACAUCCUGCACGCAGCGCAGGUCGAGGUAACACGGUGGAAUCAGCGAGGUGUUGGACUUGCUUGCAUCACCACUGCAAUUUUAAUCCACGGCCUUGCCUUGAAAUGGGGACUGCGUCUACAAAACCUGCUAGGCACUAUAAAACUCAUUAUCAUCGUUAUAAUUGCCGUGGCAGGCUGGGCUGCACUGGGAGGCGCUCUCAAAGUUGAGAAGCCGAACAACUUCCAUAAUGCCUUUGAAGGAACCAGGGGAAGCGCAUAUGGAGUGGUCACGGCCCUAUAUAAUGUCAUUUGGAGCUAUAUUGGGUACAACAAUGCCAAUUAUGCAUUGAGCGAGACUAAGAAUCCUGUACGGACGCUGAAGAUCGCCGCCCCUCUCGCGCUGGGGAUUGUGUCGACAUUGUACAUGUUGGUAAAUGUUGCCUAUUUCGCUGCAGUACCAAAGGAUGAAAUACUUUCCUCCGGCCGUGUUCUGGCCGCAUCCUUUUUCCGAAAUGUUUUUGGCUCCAAGGCUGAACGAGCACUAUCCGUCUUCGUCGCGCUCUCAGCUUUUGGCAAUGUGCUCAGUGUUAUCUUCUCGCAAGGCCGUUUGGUCCAAGAGCUUGGUCGUGAGGGUAUUCUCCCAUUCUCUCGGUUAUGGGCCAGCAAUAAACCCCUCGACGCGCCUCUCGCCGGUCUUUUCGAGCAUUGGCUUGUCUCGGUCAUUAUCAUGCUAGCACCCCCACCUGGUGAUGCGUACAACUUUAUUCUUAAUGUAAUCUCAUACCCCCUUUCUAUCAUCAACACCUUCGUCGCCGCCGGCCUUAUCCACCUCUACCUCAACCGGUCAAAAUACAACUGGAACCCUCCCGUCAGAGCGACGCUGCCAGUGGUAAUCUUCUUUGGCCUCAGCAACAUCUUUCUUGUCAUUACACCCUUUGUACAACCCGAAGAAGGCCAGAAUGUCUACAACCAACUGCCCUACUACCUCCAUUGCGUUGUGGGUAUCGCGAUUGUGGUUGCCGGUGGUAUUUACUGGCUCAUCUGGGCGCAGUUGUUGCCGUGGCUGGGCAACUAUCGGCUUGAGCAGGAGGCGUUUGUGGGAGAGGAUGGGUGGAAGAGGAAGGUGUUUGUAAAAUAUGGGAAGUAG